GCGUGACUACCCUCACAGCUCAAUCGAUAGUGCAGUGUAGAUACAGCCUGUUGGGCUACGCUUAUUUUCCCUUAUUUUCCCGAUUGCUCGUCGUUUUUCGGUGGAAUUUGUGAAGUAAUUCGUCACGGUGUCGGUGUCAAGUAGCGUGCUGCCUGGAGCCAUCACUAUGAAGAUGCUAGCGCCUCACGACGGCCCUGAUAUCGCGCCAGUCGACUCAGCUGGCGAGCUGCACGGCGCGACGCUGUGGGUGGUGGUAUGCGCGGCCGCAGCUCUGGUGGCCGCCGCUCUCGGCGCCCUCGCCUGCUGGAUCGCGCGCCGCAGGAACUCGCUUGCUCACAAACUUGGAGGCAAGCGCGGUCCGGACAAGGCGCUGGUGUUCCAGCCCCCUCGCCGCGCCACCGCCGUGCGCUCGCCGGGCUCGGCCACCCACUACUUGCGCAAGUCCCCCUCGCCGACCGCGCCCGCGCCGCCCGCCGCCUCCUCGCCGCCGCAAGCCACGCCGCAAACGCCUGCUGCUAAUCCUGCUACUACGCCAACUGGAGGCAACAGCCCCCACUCGCCGCUGGCCCCGAUCGAGCCGACCCCGCUCAGCAAGGAGCUCGCCGACGCUAAUGCCACCGAGAAGACCAAGACUACUGAGCCCGAGAACAAUGACGGACGACUCGGUGACCUGCACUUCAAGUUGCGCUAUGAGACCGAGAAGAACGCACUGGUGGUUUCGGUGGUGUCAUGCCAGGGGCUGCCGGGUCGCGAGCCUGCCGGACCGGACCCUUACGUCAAGCUGCAGCUGCUGCCCGAUAAACAGCACAAGGUUAAGACCAGAGUUGUGCGCAAGACCCGCUGCCCGGUAUACGAUGAGGACUUCACGUUCUACGGCAUCGCCCCGCAUCAGAUCGCCGGCAUCACUCUGCACUUCGUCGUCCUCAGCUUUGACAGAUAUUCCCGUGACGAGAUAAUUGGUGAGGUGGUAUCCCCGCUGACGAACCUGCAGCUGCAGAGCGGUGAAGCCAUGGCGCUCUGCCGUGAGAUACAACCACGCAGUCUCAAGAUGCGCAGCGUGGGUCGCGGCGAGGUGCUGGUGUCGCUGUGCUGGCAGCCGGCCGCCGCGCGCCUCACCGUGGUGCUGCUCAAGGCGCGCAACCUGCCCAAGAUGGACGUCACCGGACUUGCUGAUCCCUACGUGAAGAUGUACCUGCUAUACAACGGUCAGCGCAUCGCGAAGAAGAAGACCCACGUGAAGAAGCGCACGCUGAACCCCGUGUUCAACGAGUCGUUCGUGUUCGAGGUGCCCGCCGCGCCCAACGCCACCCUCGACCACGUGUCGCUGGAGCUGCUCGUGCUUGACUGGGACAGGGUUACGAAGAAUGAGGUGAUCGGUCGGCUGGAGCUGGGCGCGGUGGGCGCGGGCAGCGCGCGGCACCACUGGCGCGAGGUGCAGGCCGCGCCGCGCCGCCAGAUCGCCGACUGGCACAAGCUCAAGGAGUGAACCCACUCUACACCCCACCACGUUCAUACUGCACUGCUCAUCAACCCUGACAUCUAGAACACACCUUUAAGACCACUGCUAAAAGUGCAUUUUCGCCUGAACAACACAAGAUCUCAGCAGAAGAAAAAUUUACAUUGCUGAGUGCUUGCUGGUGUGGUUCUGGUGAAAAUGAAUCUUUCUACGGUAAGGUCUGCGAAAGUAUCGGGAGCUGUCUGUCGAUUUCGAUUUAGGUUCAAGAGGAAAAUAUUCGGACAGGCACAGCCAGUUCCUAAAGAAAUGAAUGGAAAUAACACGACUUCAGUCUCAGAACUGGUCUGAAAGUACAUUUCUAAUCUAGUCAAGAAUUUGAAGAAUGUGAACAACAAUCACGGAGGAUAAAAAUCGAUCAGGAAGGAAGCUCGUGCAGUAUCAACAAGGAUUCUGUCUAAUUCCUGUCAUCCCAACACAUUAUUCCUUUACCAUUGACAUACUUUCUGUGUUCAGCUAACUGGUCGUAACAUUUAGCUGGACACGAGAGCGUUUGUGAUAUGCUCGAAUACUCAAACGACAAUUCCAAAAAGUUUAAUACUGUUACUUCAUCGAAUCUUGUAGAGGUCGUUUGAAUAUACGGGCGUUAAUCACGGGUUUGUAACUUAACAUUUCAUCUAAUUUGAUGUAGAUUUUUGUAAACCCUCAAAGUCUGUGCCUACAAACCAAGUUUACUUUCCUAACGAUCGGCCAUAAACAUUGUUCUGAUAAUUUAAUUUCUCACUUAUUAUUGUUGCACAGUAACGUUAGCAGAAGGAUGGCAAAGCCAAAGUCCAGAGGUUAAAGCGUUUGUUUUAGAAUUAAUUUGUAAACUAAAAAUGAUAUUGUAUAUUAGAUAGAGGAAAUUAUUUGGAAUUUAUUCGCGUGUAUUAUGAUAUGUUUGAAAGCGCACAGCGUCCCCUACCCGACAGUAAUUGUAAAACAUUCUCUAGUGUGUAUUCACGUCAGUGCAAACUCGUGUUUAUUCAAAUGUAGAUUAACUUAAUGUUUUGAAACGGGAGUGAGCAUGGCCGUCGAGAAAAACCAGUAGAAAGAACAAUUAACACCAUAAUAUCUAUAAUUAACAUAUAUCUAUGAUUAACAACAUGGAGGAGACUACACAAAUUGAUGAAAAUUCUACCACAUGGAAACAUGACUAUGAAUUGAACUCACUACUUAAAAUGGAACCAGGCCACCAAGUCUUUAUAUUUUUUCUUUCGGAAAUAGUUUGCUGUACUUAUAAUGAAAAACGGAAUGCUCAAUACAACAUUAGAACUUGACAGCUAUUAUGAAACGAAUAAAUCUCUCCCGUUUCAAGGUCGUCUUUAUUCUACAUAUCUAAAUGUAAGAACACUUGAUGUAAUGGAUUUCACUCGUUAUUGUAUUAAGUAAUGUCUGACAAACUAUUCGUAAGCAUAAAUGUUGUUAAUUUUACGAUUAGCUAUCAUCAAUCAACUCAAAAUUAACUAUCUGUAGAAAUUGUAUGUACGUGAAAAUACAGGAAAACUUAAUACCUAUAUUUACUGAUUUCAUAAAAGAUUUAAGUAUAAACAAAAAUUCAUCGAAUGUUCAGAUAUAUUUUCUGGGCGCAUUACGUUGCGGUGAGCUUAAAACACCACUCUUCUCAGAAAAUUAACAUGGCUAUCGAAUGAUGAGAUAGACCACUACCACAGAAACUAAUGCGCUUGAAGAUAUUGUUUUGAAAAACGAAAUCGUUCUGUCUCAAUAUCAACGAUGGCAUCAAAUGCCAUUCGGUACAUUUCACUAAAACUGUACGUAGGUACCCACUUCAUUAGCGAUCACGCUACAACAAAAUCAAACACAAUUUUCGAACCCAAGCAUGCGCAGGAUUGGACAAAAGUAAUACUCAUUGAUCGACUAGAACAUAAUACUUAUGUAUGUAUAGUUUAUAGGUUAGACAAAUAAAUCUAUUUUAUACCUAAAAUUACUUUGAUAGUUGUUUAGGUACGUAUAAGCUCAGGACGAAGCUUCGAGCUUUCUGUCUCCUAAUGUACUCUCAUAGUGUCGCUGUGUCACCAUAGAUGGCGCUUUCACCAAUGAUCUCAUUUCAUUGAUAUACAUAUUUUUGAAAUUGUCGGAUAUUGUAGGGAAUGUAUUAUUUAUUGUACUUUAUAAUAUCUCAGAAGUCGUAGUGACAAUAUACGAAUUAAAAAUGUAAUAAAAAUUGCAAUGUAUGUACAGUCACUUACUACCUAGUACCUAUGCCGAAAUUAAAAUCAACGUUGGUUUAGUGAAAUUCAUCGCUGUAGUCAUUGGAAAUUAAGGCUACGUAGCUGUAUGUCCUUUAUUCAUACUUUACCCCAUACUUAAACAUUCCAAACUUAAUAAAAAUGUAAAUAGUCAUUGCUUGAUCAUCGAUAAAUCGCUUUCUCAUUCUAAUUGUUAAAAUAAGAAAUUAUAAUUACUUAGUCGUAAGUAACUACUUUACUAUCACUAAAUGUUUCCGUUUUAAUGAUCUCAUGUGUUUUACUUUGUAAAUCAAUUUGUUCAUGUGUAGUAGAUGAAAUUCAUGCGAAACUGGUUCUUAUCGCUAUAGGCUUAAAGUCUGUUUCGUUACUAGGGUAUGAUGUAAGUAAUUCGAUUGGAUGAUGGGGUAUAAUUUUUUGUAUGAUUUUUUGCGAGCAAUGGGACAGACUUUUGGCUUUAUUACUAUAAUAAAUUGUUGUUGUAUUUUGACCAAGAGACGAAUAAAAGAAAUGGUUUUUGUCUCAAAAAGCGUAAUCCUAUAAAUGCUCGGGUUAUUUCGUGUCUUGGUGAGAAUAUGAACAAAGAAACAGAUAUACCAGCACUUGUAGUGUAUAGACCACGUCAUCCACAUCACCGAUAUCAGAUUUGUAUACUAAGGGAAUUAUAGUGAAUAAAAUUUAUUGACUGGUGCUUUCACAAUAA